AAGUCUGUAUUACAUCACCAUCACUCUGCAGCAUCCGUUCCAUCAGAGUGUUGAUUCCCACUCGAAUGCUAUCCGAGAAUAAUUUUAUCCUUAUUCACUGAAUGUUAAACAAGGAUAACACGAUACCUGGGGAACACUCGGGUGGGAAUUUGAACACGCCCUUAUUCAUUGAAUAUUAAACAAGGAUAACAUGAGGGAAACAUUCAGAUAGGAAUCUGAAUGCGUUCCCAGUGCUCCGUGUGAUUUUUCAUUCUCCCAGAUGAAUAAAGUGAUAAUUAGAACGUCCCAUCCCGAACACCGAAGAGGAAUCUAAAUAUUCUUUAGAUGGGUAUAUUUGAGUGGAGGACUCUGAAAAUGUCUAUAUAUCUUAAAAUAACUUUAUUAUGGAAUGUCCAAAUAACAUUCUUGGGACGUUCAAUAUGGUGACAUAAAUGAGAUAGAAUAUAUUUUAGUCAUCCAAGGACAUUGAAUUGUUGCAUAGAGGAAGCUUUUGAAUUUGAAUAAAAUCUUAAUUGUACCCUCAAAAAAGAAAAGCGAUAGAUCUCACUGCUGCACAGAACAAAGAAAAUGGAUUUGAAGAUAUUGAAUAUCUUGACAUAGAAUUGCUUCAAGAUUUUCUUAACACUCAAUUGAAAGCAAACUUAUAUGCUCUUUCUGCUGGAAGUCCUGGUCAUAAGCAACAAUUAACUGUAAAUGAAGAUUUUAUGCGAGAUAUGACACCCCUGAAUUUUGAUUGCUUAAAAGAUGAAAAGUUGAAAUUUAUAAUUGAAUUGAUCUAUAAAAAGUUGUAAAUUAACAAGAAACAAAACAUCUCAUAGAAGAUGACUGAGAUAACAUUCCCAAAAGUUCAUCGACAAUCAUCUCAAGAUACUCUUAGUCCAAUGCGUGUGGAUAUAUCGAAAAAAAAAAAAAAAUCCAAAGAUAAAUUAUCUCUCAUUCUACAAAACCGACAGCCGCAACAAAUUCAAUCGGAAACAUCUACAAAGAAAAAACGUUUAUCCUUUGAAAAUGCAGCGACAAGGAUUGAACUUAUUGCCUCUCUAGAAGAUGUGGCAAUAUCUUCUGAAUUAUCUUUGAAAGAAACAACAAUGUUAAUUCCCUCACAACAAACACAACCGGGCAUAGAACUGGAAUCAGUACAUUCAAGCUACUUGAUUAAAACGAAUUGGAAGCAAAGUAAAAUUAUUGACAGAAAUAUUGCUUUAACUGACAAACAGCUAUGGAAAUGGCGACGAGAUGCAAAGAUUCAUUGCAAGCAAUUAGAUAAAGCAACAGGACAUUUGACAUCAGCAAGAAAUCUUUUCAAGCAACCUUCGUAUUCACCUAAGCGAUGGAACACUAAUUUACGCAAUCUUUUUGCCGAUCAUAUGAUCACCCCACAAGUGACCAUUUAUGAGUGUAGGCAAGGAUGUCAUACCUGCUGGAUUUACACAAUUCCAAAGAAACAAUGCGUGUAGAAAAGAAAAAUUAACAGGCUAAAUCGUCUGUAAGAUUUAAGUACAAAGUUCGCAAAGACAAAUACCGCAAUGCUGAACUGAUAAACAGUAUUAUGAAUAUUCUGCUUAUGCGAAUCACUCACGGAACGAUGAACAAUA